GCAACUACUGUCACUUUUUCGUAACACUUGCUGCGCAACUACUGGGUCUCCGUUCUGUUAAACAUGAAGAGCAUGGAGCUGUAAAAACAAAAUCUCUAUGGAAAAGCGUGGUCCCGAUAUACUUAGCCAUGAGGCGAGGAUUGCUAAAAACUCAAUUGACAGAUGGCGGAAAUUCAAGCAUCGCCGGGCAACAAAGUGUGCCGAAAAUCACAAAUUUGCAAACGGUCAGUAAAGUAGUUGCCUAAUAUAUUAGUUUUAUAAAGCCAUUCUUCAAAUUCGAGUAGAAAGAUUUUAAAAACUGUGUAUACCCGUACGAUGGGUAAAAUAGAUAUUUUAUUUUUCGGCUAAUCACCUUAAAUGACUUUAAAAUAUACAUUGUUUUUAGAGGGAAUCUUCACUUUUUUCAAACAUAAGAGCAGAUUAAGAUACAAAAUUUAUUUUGACAACUCUUUAUUGCAUUUUUCUUCCGUUUAUAUCCAUUUAUUUUAUCUGAAUGUAUAUAUCAUUUCAGUUGGAGAGUCUAUCGAUGUUAUGCACAAGGGAACCCAGAUAAUAAAGCUGCGUAGCUCAUCCAAGAAGUAUCCUAGAAAGUAUUUUCUUGAUCAGGAAGCAAUAAAUAUCUGCUGGACUCCUUCCAAGAAGGGUGACAAAGCUAAAAGUAAGUCCUUGUUUACUUAAUGUUGGGGUUAACAUCAUUCACACUCAUGACUUACGUAAAUUAAGGCAUGGCUUAUAAUGCUGAAAAUUCACUUAUCAAACAAACAAAAAAUAUAACCACACGACAACAGCGAUAUUUUUUUUCAAGCAAUUCCCUUUCGAGGACAUCAUCGUUUGUGCAUUUCCACGGAAAUUACACCGAUGUCGCUUCCUGAAUUUAUAUUUUUGCUAUAUGAAAUAAACGCUGUAUAAUUUAUGUAACAGGUCGCCAGUGGAGCUGUGCAUGUCAGUAACAAUUGAAAACUGAAUAUAUGAUUGUUAGAACAAACUUCAUUUUGACAGAAAAAAUAAUAAUUUAAAAAACAAGAAAGACUUGGCUUGAUAGUCCAUUGAUUGUUUUUAUAUCCGCCCUGGUUUCUCAAUUUAAAUUGGUUUCUCCUUUCUAGAAUUGUGUUUGGACGCAAGGUUUAUAGCGAUCUAGCCAUUUUUUAUCAAUAAUUGAUUAAGUUUCGAAAAAAUAAUCACUUUUAUUAUCCGCAAUUAAAGAAACAAAAUGUAACCGUUUGCCAAAUAUAAUAUUAUAUUUCUGCACGCGCAGUUUGAAGUCUCAAUUAGUUAUACCUCUCAUCGGCCUUGUUUCUUAUUAUUUAUCAUCAUCAUUCAUUGCAAUUCGCUUCCCUAUUUUUUUAUUAAAACGGGAAAACUCCCACAGUUUAAGACUUGCUUUGAUUGGUCACCGUGUCAAUACAUGUGUAUCUGAUGUGUUCUUUACUAUCCUUAGGGACAGACCAUUAGAAAUAGCCGGAGGGGGAUGAAAAAUUUUCGGUGCAUUAUUGUUAUUAUUAUUAUUAUUUUUUUUUUUUAAGCCCACCUGUCUGCAGGAUUUUUUUUUCUGAGGCAGAAGCUUUGCGCGAUUUUUUUUCCCACACAUUUCUUCUUUUGUAACUAAUCGUGAAAAACAUGGAAGCAAUGUGUUUGGAGCACAAACGACAAGGAAAAAGAACAAGCGCUUGAAGAAGAGCCACAAAGAGAGUGAUUAAAACUACACUGUAUAGGUGGUCAAAAUUGACUUCACGACUUCAGAGAAUCUCAUCACUAAAAUAUCUUGUAAACGCAUAGUGGUUCAAUGUUUUCCUUGGUCUAAAAUGUUUUAUAUAUAUCUAUCCUUGUUUUGACUUAGUUUGUCAUAAAUUACCAUAUGAAAAAGCAAAAUAGAAAUUAAUCCAGUGACAAAAUCGGAAUCACAACAUAUAUCAUUAUUAUCAUUUAAGAAAGAGCAGUUGCACUUCGGUUUAUGUAAUACAGCUUAUGCCACAAUAGUAGCAAAAUUACUUUUUCAUUAAUGUUAAUUCGCCGUUGGCGCCUCUAUUGCAUCUGCAGAAAUAAAAAAGACUAUUACCCCGGUACCUUGAGGGCCAAUUAACAUCGUAUUAUAGGACAAAAGAAUACCUGCCAUUUUGGAAUAUGGGGUACAUAUUUUGUUAUUUUGUCUGUCGUUAUUGUUGCGGAAACAAAAAAUAAUAUACUUUCAUUUAUUGGUAGAAAUUUCCACUUCACAAUUGAGCCAGUAACACUUCAAUUAAUCCAGAAUAUUUUGUUAUUUUGACAAUUGUUACUAUUUCAUAUUAAAACCAAAAUUACACUGUCAGAUAUUUAUUGUUGGGAAUUGCCAUAACACAAUUGGGUCAUAGUAUAGAUUGUUAUUUUCCAAAUAUUAAGAAACAGAGGCACUUUAAUGCAUCUAACACAUUUUGUUGUUUUGAUGGUUGUUUAAGUGUUUCAUAUUAAAACAAAAUUAUACCGUUAUUUAUUGUUGAAAAUUUACAUUUUAAAUACAGUUGAGAAAUACAUUUUAUAUCCGAAGAGAGAGAUUUUAUAGCGGAGCUCCUUGCGCGCGCGAACGGAGCACCAUAACUAAGAUAAUUUGGUAAACGAUCCAUCCGAGAAAUUUUGGUUGUGACGUCAGCGUACAUCCGUCCGUGUGGACUUUCCGGGUAGUGGAAAGCAGUCCACAUGGACUCUUGGGGUAGGGGAAAGUAGAGAUUUUUUUGCGGGAAAUCACAUGGCGUAACAUCGCGCAACUGGUUUUGGAAAAAGAAAUUUAAAAGCAACCUAGCAAAAAUAUUUUUCGACAGAGCCUUUAUAACUUUUUAUUACAACUUACGAAAGUUAUUAUGUCAACAAACAACAGCAGAGAGAUUUUAGCGCGUAGAUGACAUGUUUUAGCGAAGGCGAUCGCGAAAGAGAGCGCGUAUUUAGAAGUAGAAGAAGAAAACAAAAUUUUAGCGAAGAAAGUCGGCAAGUAGAAAGAGUCAGGGCGAGAAGAAGGAGAGAAAAUUAUAAUGAAAAACGCUGGCAAGCAGAACGAGACAGAGCUAGAAUGAAUAGACAAAGGCAACGCCAAAGAGAAAUAUAAAGGCAAAUAGAACGGCAACAAAAUAAUGACAUGAUGACAGUAAGUGUUGUGUUAAUGUCACUAUGGCCCCGCACUAUUAACAUUUUGAUUUCAAACUGAUCUCGGACGCGAAAAUUCAGCCCGUCAUUUAAAAAUACAAGCAGGGAAGACAGAGGCUUUUCACUUUUCUCACCAUAGUCACGCGUUGAUCACGCUCUACGACCGUCCAAUUUUAUGCCCUGAUUGGUCAAAAUUUGACAGGUGAGUUCAAGCAGAAAAUUUAUACAACAUCUUGAAACUUGUUUACUUUGACAGCUGAAGCCGACAGAGUUUUUUGUCAACUUGUGAUGUUUUUUUACCGUCUUUUUCCACUGGAUGCAUAAAAUGAAAUACAGCUGCCAUCAACAGUCUUCUGUUAUUCAUGGCUGGUUUGUAUAUUUAAUUUUUGGUUGAGAAAUGUGCCGCUUGUCAAAGUUGGAAAUCCGAUUUCGGAUGACAGCGUUUUCCUUUUUCACCUUGCUGGAUGUGGGUUAAAAAGUCCCUCGAGCGAUUCUGGCCUUACUUGAUUUGCUGCCGUGGUCCUUGUUCCGCGUCUGAAAGUCAUUAACUUGAAUAUCUUACCUGAAUCUUCACGUAACGAGCUGAAAUACUCCCUGAAGAUAGCUUUUACGUUCCUCUCGAUAAUCCUGAACUUUCAAGUUCCAGACAUAAAUAUUUUGCUUGGAAUUCCAAAAAAGGCGACCGUUUUCGAUGGUCCUUGGUCCGCGAAUGUGGUGCUUGGUCUGCGUCUCAGGUAGGCAGCACGAAAAACAUGUAAAAAUGUUAUAGUUUUCACACGAAAACGUGAUUUUCACAAUAUUUCAUGUAUUUUUUUCUUUUCUUGAUGCAAUUAAGCUAAAGUUUUUUUCGGAAGAUGUUGUGAGUAUAAAAUAAACCGUUUUUCUUUCAUAGACUUCAGACAACAGUCUCCUCAAGUCUCCCACACGAGCGGUUUUCAGCGCGGUCGAAAAUAAUUACCAAAAACUCUGUAUGUAUUCGAGGUAUUAAAAAAAGAAAACUUGUAGACAUGUAUAGGGAUGAUUUUCAAAACAUUCUUCAAAAACAAAGGCCGUCGCUUUUUAUUUUGCGAAGAUUAAUUCAACCAAGGUCACAGGUCGUGGACCAAGGACCCCUAAGCGAAAUUUGGUGAUAUUUUUCAAGAGUCGAUAAAACAAAACAUUCAGAGUCUACAGCAAUAUGCUUCCAACAGCAGAAAUAAGUUGAUCUGAAAACCUGUCGGUGUAUGUGUAUUUCAUGAAGUCGAAUGCACGUUUGUAUUAGAUCUGAGACAAUGAUCUGAUCUAGUAUGAGGUUUAAUAUACGCUUACAGAGCUUUAAAAGGCCUUUAGUCGAUAUUUUCUCUCCGCAAAUAGAAAGAAAAAACGUUCCGAAGAGUAUUUAGUUAUAAUUUUGACUGUAGAAGGAAAGCUUGAGCGAUUUUCUUGCCUCGAGUUCAUCUUUAAAGCUUUAAGCUUAAGCUUAAAGACUCAGGAUUUUUAGAGACACUUUAAUACUUGUCUUCGUGAAUCGAAAUUGUUGUCUCUGUACUAAUGUUUCACCGAAUUGCAUUUCUUUUAUUAAUUGUUAGUAGUCUCUUGCAAUUUUAAUCGCUUUGCCGUGUGUUUUCAGUCGUUCAUAAAACAUCGCUUGCAGGAGUACUCAAAAUGCCGCGCGUAUCAAACGGUGAGGGUAAAAGGAGGAAUGAGUUUGCGGAAUGGCAUGUGGAAUGGCUUGCGGAAUGAUAUAAUUAUGUGGAAUGUAAUAUAUGCAGAAUGACCCAAAGAAAUAAAUCAAACUGAAAAGUGCGUCCUUUUUUGGCGCCAAUCAAUUUGCAAACGCCGCCGCUGUUUUAAUGUUGACAUACGAUGACAAUCAAAAAGCCACGAAGACUCAUUGUCGAUUAGCCUUUUCCGCACAGCCACAAAGAUUCUGCUUGCCUAUAUUAGUCGGGCUGCAUGGCAGCACCGAUACUACAGCACGAAAGUCGGCUAUUGAAGAUGAAGAACAGAUGUUUUGGAAGGUCACAAUCCCUUCUACUUGAAAUUUUUUCUUCAAAAGAUGUUUGCACGAUUAACUUUACAGUUUCCUUUUACCUAUAUUUGUAUUUGCAACCGCGUGGGAACUGUUUCUUUUUCAGACGGUGGGUUACGUGAUCGUGACAUAAUACUCAGAGAUGAAAACGAAUCUUGUAUUUUGUUUCCUUAGCUGCUUGGUUGAGUUUCCGGCACGCGAAGCUAACAGCUGGCGGAGAAGGGCGAGUUCGAAUCCUGGCAAUUGAGUGUGUCUUUUUUUCUUUUUCUUUUUUUUUUCCCUUCUCCCCGUUUUAGCAUUUUUUCACGAUCAAACGCACACACUCACACAAACAAGGAAGGUGCGAAGACACACGGAAAGGCCGAAAGGAGACAGAGAGCAUUUCACUUCACUCGAUUUCUGGAUUACAGAUUAAUGUUUGACUCGGGGCGUUCAUUUAGUCUCAAAUAUGAUCUGAUCCGGUCACCGUAUUAAUAAGUAAUCCCUAGAAUUGUAGCUAGCCCGACUUCAUGUUCAACAAGCGUUCUUUUCCCUCUAGCGUUUUGAAAUUUGACUUUAUUAUAAUGGUGGGCAGAAAGAGAAAAAGUAUAGUCGAAAGCAACAAAUAUAUACUAAGUAUCAAUCAAGUAUUACAUAGACACCAAUGCAGUAAAGCUUAUCGCUACUUUCUGCUCUGCCUUGUUGGUUUAAGCCAGCAGUCAUGGACCAGCAAAAAACUUGCUCACUCAAAUUGGCGCCAAAAAAAGACGUGGCAAAGACGCGCACAUGUUUUUCGGUCCAGAUAAGAACGAUAUCAACAACGGCAACGAACAUGUUUGAAUGCAAAAAAGGUGCUAACUUUUCUAUUGUCUGUUCUUAAUUCUGAUUGGCUUGAACAGCAAAAGUUAACAAAACUUCAUAAAGCAGUACAUAAAUAUAUUCAUCCUUACUUUCCAACCAUCUUCCAUAUAACAAAACCUACUCAGUUUGAAUAACAAAGAAAUCCUAUGUGGGGAACAUGUAAAAUUGUAAACUUUUCUUGGCUAUUGUUUUCAACUCUUGUGAUUGGUCAAAAUCUUUUAACACAAAAAACACCCUUUCAAAGUGGAGUGUAAAUGCAUUUUAUUGCGUAAACGGCCUUCAUGUAGGUUUAUGCAUUCUCUGUGUAAAAAUGAGAACAUUCCUAUGAGGGGAAAGCACCGUUGCCGCAUAACAAAAGAAAUUGCUAUCCACUUCACCCGGAUCAUUACUUAAUUUAUUUUCUUGCGCCAUUUUCCAUAUUUUACAUUACGCAUAAUUAUGUCAUUCCGCAAGCCGUGCCACAUGCCAUUCCGCAAACUCAUUCCUCCUUUUACCCUCACCGCGUAUCAAACGCUUUUUAAGAUUACACAUCGUUUUAAAACCAUUAAACAAAAAAAUAAACACAAUAAAUUCUUUAUGAUGUUGAAGCGUAACUCUUUUAAUGUUCACUGAAAAUUUGGCGCUUGUCAAAUGUGAGAACCGGCUGGCCGUAUAGGUGAUUUUGGAAAUUUUUUGAACUGUUUUUCUAAAAGCCUACGCGUGCUUCGUACGUUUCUGAAUAUUGAAUGAGUGCAAUUUGUCUUAAAAAAUUGUGAAAUACUGCAUCUUGUCUGAGGUCUGUAUGAUAAAAACAGCGCCUCAUAUUACUGUUUCACCUCAGAUGUGAUGUAUAAAAAGUAUGAAAUGUUCAUUUACAGGCACCCAGAGUUCUUGGCAAGAUUUUGUUAAGUAAACUUGUCGAACGCAAAAAAUUCGGCCUGAUUUGUUUUCCAAGAAUUCGUUUUCCAGGCCUAAACCACUGUGAUCAAGAGCCAUUAUGGCUCUUAAAUGUGAUCGGAGAUGAUUUAGCUUUCCCUAAAAAGUUACAUAUGUGCCCUGAUUUGUGGAUUGAGAGUUUAUUGUUUGAUUUAAAUUAUAAAUUUAUUUUUGGGGGCUUCACUUUUAGCCCUAGCUAAAUCUAUAUAUUAGUAUAAUUGUUUGUGAUAGCAAUAUCUGUGGUCAUGACUGUGUAGAAAGCAAGCCAUUAUAUAUACUAUUUAUGUUUUGUUGUAUGAAGAAAUAUCAAGCAGUUGUUUUCAAAUAAAAGUACUGAAGCACAAAUUAAGAAUUUCAGUUCUCUUUAUCUUUAAGCAUUGUUUUAUGUUACCUUUAUUUUCCCCUCUUAUCCCAUAGUUUAAUAACCUUAAAUGCUAAGUAUUACGCUUCCUCCGCAAUAAUUUUUUUUUUACUUAUCACAAUUCGCAGGAUUUUUUUUCAGACAAGUUUCCCUUGCAGUAAUUUUUUCCUUGGGAAUUGUCACCCCAACCGAGGUUAUUUCUAAUGGUUCGUCCCUUAUGCACGAACUCUCCGAAAUGAGGCAAGGGUAAAUCAACGUUAACAUUAUAUGUUCGCGUACUAAUGUUUAUGCACAUUCACUCAGUGAAGUAAAGAUUCGAUUUGACAGGUACAUUCCCUUUGAAGUGUUAAUGACAAUACUUUUUUAGUCAUGUAAUCGCAUAUCGCCUAAAACUUUUUCCAUGUAAUCCCUGCGUUCAGCUGACAAUAGUUUAUACAUUGCUGUAAAUCGCUGUAAAGAUGUUUAUCCUUGAAAAAAAGGCAUUAAGGGUCAGUUGUCAUAAAGAAAAGGAAUCCAAAAGAGACGAGUUUGGCGAAGGUACCUGUCGCCAUACCUAUAGCCUACCAUUUCCAUUUUGGACUAAUUAUUUAAUUUUACAAACAAUAACAAUGUUCAAAAUCGCUUUUUAACACCACGUCAUUUUUUUUGUCAGUCUCGAUAGCGUCUGUUAAAGAGUUGCGCAUAGGAUCCGCCACAGACGCUUUCACUCAGUGUCCUGAAGUAUAUGUAGAAAGUCGAUGUUUCUCCAUUAUUCACGGCGAUGACUUUUCCACGUUGGACUUAGUGUUCUCCACUGAAAAAGAGUGUCUUCAUUGGAUUGUUGGGCUACGCUAUAUUUUGGCAAAAAAAUCCGGUAAGAGUGCUUAAUUACAGUAUAAUCCUGUUCUUGCAGCUUCAACAUUAUUUCUUUAUUCAUGUAAAAGCUGCAACUCAUGCAGCUAGGUAAUGAGCUACUUAAGUCAGAUAUGCUGGUGAAUGAGGGCGCUUUCCAAAUAUCAAAACUGGCCGGCCGAACCAUGGCCGGACCGGUCAUUUUGAAAAUGAAAUCGACUUUUUCAAAGAGUUUUUGAUGAAAAAUGGUUUCCUUCGUGCAUGCUAUUUAGCAUUUGACUGAUCUGGAUUGCUCUGAUUAAAAGAGAAAUUUUCAUUACGACGGGAAUGGCCUGGCCGGUCAGUUCUGACAAAUGAAAAGCGCCCUUUCGAGGAUACAGCAAACCGUUUUAAAGACUUCAACAGAAAAAAAAAAUAGAUAAAAUAUUGAUGAAUAAGAAUUAAAUAACCACUAUCAUAUAUAACUAUUCAUGCCACAUACAUUUGACGCGGAUUGUCUGCAUCAAACAAUUUUUUUUCGCCGGUAACUCUCUUGAGGGAAACCUGAUUUUGAGACAACUGCAGCUGACGAACUUUAAUUUCAACCCGCACCCGCGACCGGCGACUCGUGACCAUUAGUCAAACUGCAUGCAGUUUACGCUGUCCGUGCUGGUAUUUCCGGAAAAUGUAAACCUUUUACAGAUUUCACACGUUCCACUUUGCUUUUGUUUUGACUUACUUUUUACAAGUUGUGCUGUCGAGUGUUUAAAAGAAAGUUAUCUAUUCAAGUCAGGUACCAUGGGCCGCCGACCUUGAAAAUAAGAGUUUUAAAAAAACAGGUAAAGAAAACGCAACGGCUAUUAGCUUUCCUGCUAACGGCACUUGCACUCAGUCCUUCACGUGCACUUUCGUGUUCUCAGUCACAGUUGUUUUGGAGAACACGCGACCUGCGUUGUCAAAACUGUUUGAGGACUUUGGGUUUUUCUUCGACGUCAAUCACACCGUUACCAUAGCAUCCAGCCCUUGCUUGUCAAAUAAAGGCGGCCAUAACGAGCAGAAGCUGCAAAAUAAAAUGUUGGCGGAAACGUACUGUUUUCACCCUCCCAAAUUUGUGUUUCUUCGGGAUUUGGAAGCUCAAUAGGAACAAUUUCACCUUGGGCAUCUAAACUUGCCAUGUUUCAGGAAGAAGGUUAAGAAAACCUUGAGAGCUAAAACGUGAAAACACGCAAACUCUGAAGUUCAAAAGCAACGAACCUUCAAACACUGUAAACAAUCAAAACAGAUCGAAAUCCACCAAGCACUAAUCACAAACCAUUACCUUCAUGAAACCGUUGAAGUAAACCUAUUUUUUGCUAAGAGGUCCGCUAAGAUAUGAUUGACGCCAGCGAAACGAUGCACUGUCUUUGCUAGUUGUAGGUGAAAAAAAAACCUUGUUUUUGAACAACUCCUCUACAGCAUUUUUCUGUAGAUUAUGUUAUCCUUAUGUUAUUUAGUACGUUUUCAGAAUAAUUAUUUUUAUUUCAUAAAGCUUCAUUUUAUGGCCAAAUCUUGAUCCUUUUUUUAAAAAUUAGCUUAUUUCUUACCACAACUCUAGCUUUCGCCAAAAAAAAGCUUGUAAUCUAUCACGGUGAGAUCCCUUUAUUAAGACUAAACGAGAGCUGAACUAUUUUGGCCAUUUAAAAAGAAGUGUUGACUUGGGUAAGAUCAUCUUGGAGGGAAAUGUACAGGUAGAUGAGAAAAGAUAAACAGUAAGAGCAAGAAGGCAAUGAGGAAGGGUAUACAGAAUUGGCACUUCGUUUCCGCUCUGUGGUCAAAGAUAACACGUCCUAUAGGAUAAGCAGUUAGAGUAGUAGUAGACCCCUUUAUCACUAAACGAUCCAACAGUGUAGUAGAAUCCAUUGAAAGAUUCGUUGUUCGAAGAAAACAAAAAGGACAGAAUUAGACAUACAGUCCACUCCCGAUAACUCGCUAACUCGAACCAAAAUUGAUUUCCCCUUGAUUUCUAUCAUACAGUAUAUUUACUAUAAUCUUACCAUCGAUAACUCGAACCUCUCGCUAACUCGAAGUAAUUUAAUUUGUUUCCCUUCAGAUCAUUUCUACAUAAAUUUAUUCUCGAUAACAGGAACCAUGCUGUUAAGCACCCGACAAUUCGAAAAAAGUGUACUGCAGUCGGAAACCGACUGAAAUUAUUUUAACAACCAUGUAUUCUUUGUCUUUACUUUUUUGUCAGUCUAGUUAAGCACAGGCGGCCCAAACUCACGUUGCGAGGGAAGGGUGUAAUGUAAUUUACAUAACAUAUGUGACGCGCCGGUGUCGCGUUACAGACGACCGUUGAAAAUAUAAGAGACUUUGUAUAGUAAAACGACAAACAGACACCAAACCGCAGCGGAAUAGAUUGCAGGUAAGACUCUUUUAUUCAUUUCAUUUAAGAAAAAGUAAGUUUUAGCGUUAUUUGGCCUUCGCAAAUCUCAGUAAUAUAUUUCCCAUACAAAGUCUCUUAUAUUUUCAACGGUCGUCUGUAACGCGACACCGGCGCGUCACAUAUGUUAUGUAAAUUACAUUACACCCUUCCCUCGCAACGUGAGUUUGGGCCGCCUGUGGUUUAAGUACAGUGUCCAGUGCUGUGUAUUUAUCAAGUUUUAUAGUGUGCAUGUUACUUGCAUUCAUUUCCCAUCCCAAUUUCUUAUUUCCUUAUUUCUAACUCCCGAUAACUUGAACUCCCGCUAACUCGAUCCUUUUGCGAUUUCUCUGAAAGGUUCGAGUAAUCGGGAGUCAACUGUAUGUGUGAAAGCUUGGGAAAUAAGACAAGUGAAAUUAUUGCCUAAUUUAACGAAUAUACAUUUUGAUUACCAAUUAACAUCAAGGGUGACAAAUUACGCUCACAAUAGUGAUUUUUUUUUACCUUUUUAUUCUAUCUGAUACCGUAACAUCUUCAUUCAUAACAUCUUUAAACAUUGACGCCCUCUUGGCACUGAGACUCAGACAUACGGAACGUUUCCAUAGCAUUUUUGUAAAAUUACACAUAAGGCUGAGAUUUCGAGAAAAAAUUAGGGACCAAUUUGUCACCCAUGAUAUUAAGACUAUAUCACGUUUAAACAUCAAACGGCAAGUUGAAUCGAAAAGUAGGAAAUGAAAAGAAAAAACUGUGCAAAGUAGUCUUUGUGGAUGGACCAGUCUCUAGACUCCAUAUUUUUGGUUUAUCGGGUAAAAAGUAAUCGGAAAUUUAGUCAACUUGCACAAAUAGCGACUAAUCAACGUUCGCCAUUUCUCCUAAAUCUGAUUGAGAGUAGAUCUAUCUGAGUAUUUUUAUCGCAAUUCUUAGCUUACCAUUGUAAAUGACCACAUAAUUCCGCUCCUUAUUUUCGCUGUAUCAUUCUCUAUAAUACGUUUAAAUUUCUAUUUCUUCAUUACACUUACUGCUUUGUCUUCUUAUUUCUGCGAAAAUUUCAUCUUUGAUUCAAUCUCUUAUUUUCUUACUUCAUGAUCCUCAUCACCAGGCCUUUUUUCAGGUAUGUACACAAUCGAUGCUUAACCUAACCAUCACCCCAUCAUCAAGUCAUAUCCCUCUAAUAUCUUCCUUUCGAAGACGUGUAUUUUGUUUUAACGUGGGGUGGGGGUGGAGUGUGGGCUUAGUGGGAAGAUGCACACGGCUAAGGAAAUGUGAGAACACUCUACAAAGGUAAAGAAAUUUGGGGGACAAUCGUGUCUCCAUGUUGUCUCGAAUUACCCCUUUCCCCCUCCCCUCCUGGAGUGAAGUUUUCAAAAAAAAGCAACAAUUGAAAUAUAAAAACGGAACAAAAGAUCAACGGUAGCAAAACAAAAUAAAAAUACAUGUAUAUGAAUUUAAAAAAAAACGCCAUUAUUAUACAGAAAAAAAAAAUGUACGCAAAGGUUUUUAAUCUCGUACUCACAUCUCUUGUUGGCCAAGCCGAAGGCGAGAUCUGGGGUCAAUUUAAUAGAACUUUUACAAGUGUAUUUUACAAGUAUAGCUAUUGCUUUGAAACUCUAGAAAAAUGGUUUCACAUGAAAAUUAUCCUUGCAAAAGUUUUAUUAGUUCUUCAGUGGAAAUAUUUAUUUCAACAGCAGAACUGAAUACUUAGCGAAGAAUAAAUUCCACACGCCAUAGCGAGCGCAGGAGACAAUUAAACGCUCACGUCAUUCGCUCACAUGCUAGCCAAUCCCAAAAAAAACAUGAAUUUACUUACCUUGCCAGAUCUCGCCGUCGACUUUGGCAAUAAGAGAUUGAGACAUAGCACGUGUGUCAGAAGGGAAACAGAAAUUGCAUUUGAUUCUGGUAAUGUUUUAAAAAUCUAUGAUCACUUGAAGAUUUUAAACGGAAUUAGUUCAAGGGCACAAAUAGUAGAUUGUUCUCGCUCAAAAUAUAUAUCUAUAAUGCCCUAGCUAUUCAUUAGUAGGAUGCCUGAAAUGUGUGCAAUGCCACAAUUGGUUUCAGGCUCCAUUAAAUCCUAUACUAAAUAAAAUAUUUUUAGGAGGAGCCACCCACAAUGUAACCAGAAAAUGCAAUGCGUUGCAUAACGAACUAAAUACAAACGUCAAUUAAAUAAGCAAAUACAGCGCACGCCCACUAAAAUUGCGCGCGCAUAACCUACAUCAGCUGAAAGAAUACUGAGCUACUUGCCUUAUCAUGCUUGAGUUGACAGAUACCCACCCAACACGAUCAUAAUUUAGAACUAUGUAAACACCAGGCUUUUCUGUCAUUGUACGAUUUCAGCUGAGGAUGAACCAAUCCGACGACAGACUGCAAGGGACCAGUAUCCUUGAUAGACACAUGAAGGUUUGGUAUCAAACUUUGAGCUAAUUCACAUUUGUUUAAUUAAGGAGCUAUGUCAAUCUUUUUGCUAUCUUACCAAAAAAUUGAAUGUUUUUUUGGCAUUAAUGUAUCUAAAAAAUAAUAGUACAGUUUUUAUUUUGGUCGUAUUUUAAUAUUUCCUAGUGUUUCUUGGAACAAAUGGCAAAGGUGGACAUCAAUUAAAACAUGAAAAAUUUUGGUCAAUUUUCUUAUUACUUAAUUGCUAUGCUUGCAAAAAUCACUAAAAAUAAUAAUAUGGCUAAUGCUCCCUGAUACAUUUUGUUUAAUACCUUCGUUGUUCAGAACUCUUGAUAAGUUCAGCAAAAAAAUAACAAGGACAGCUGAAUAUUCUUGUGACAUAGCCCAUUUAAACCUCCGAAUCAGAGUAUCACUUCAACUAUGACAUUUUUUUAGGUAUUUAUUGAUUGAGCAUGAUUGAAUGAUUGAUUGAUUUAUUGAUUGAUUGAUUCAUAAUGUGAUCAUAUGUUCAUGUGCCGUACAUAGAGUAAGGCAAUAAGUUAACGAGCACUAAUGAGAUAAAGUAGAUCGAUUUGAUUGAAAUUGUUUUCCUUGACAAAAUUAAGCUGGUUGAAAGAAGUGUUCCUUUCAGCAGACAAAAGUGGAGAUGGGCUUCUUAGUGUCGAUGAAGUCUUCGCGUUGAUGCACAAACUAAAUGUAAAAAUAUCAUAUAAGAAAUUGAGAGAUAUCUUUAAGGUUAGUUUGUUGGCUCACUGGGCAUCUUUAUCGUUUUCAUUCUUGGUUACGUUUGCCAGGCCGAGCUUGAAAACAUCAUGGAAAUGAGAAAUUUAUACAGAAUCUGAUAACUCCAUGUACAAUCGGGCUUGCUGUUUUUACUUCUUUGUAACACAAUUUUAGCCAGCAUGUGUACAGACUAAACUUUACGUACGUGCAAAAUCCGCUAAUCCGACAUGAUCUACAGUGUUUGAACAAUGGCCAAAAUGUUCCAGUGCGAUAAAAUAAAAAAUACACUAUUUCAUGGCAAUGAUUAUAUCACUACGGCUUCUAGAAUUCAUUCUGAUCUGUCUUACACAGAAAACACAAGCCGGAAAUAUUCUGACAACUAACUGAAAUAGUUUUAUAUAUAAUUAUGUUAACCUAGGAGACGAAUUACUUUUUGGUUUGACCCACUAUUAUGCUUAUAAUUUCAAUCUACAUUUCUUUAAGUAGUAUAUUCUAUGAAUUAACCGAUAUUUUCAGGAAGCUGAUACGGACAAUCAGGACUCUGAAGGUCUGCUGGAUUUCAAUGAGUUCAUCACUUUUUACAAGAGUAUUUCAACAAGAAGAGAAUUGUACCUUCUUCUAUUAAAGUAAGGACAUUUUACUGUUCUCUUUUGCUAGGUUACAUACAUGCCACCCAUAUCCUCUUGCUGUUUUUAUGCCUGCAACAUUAAGUAAAUUAAAUGACUUAGAACAAGUCAGUUUUUUCGGUAAACGUUUUCUAUUUCCUGAACUGGUGAGUUUGCACAAGCAUUUCAUGAUAAGCAUCCUAACAUUGUGGCCAACUUACCAAUCAUAACCCAAAACUAACUUAAACGUGGUAACUAGAUAGUUACAACUGACAUUUGACAGGGGAAGCUAUUAAGUAGCUACGCCUGCGGUAGCUAUACUGUAACAACAAGCCACUAGAACCAUUGAUUUUAUUGCUAAUUUAGGCUGAGUUUAUAAACUUGCGCAGAAUUUAAGACGGAAUCCAUCAGGAAAUCGAGUAAUUAUAAUUUUCACGGGACAAAAACCUUGUUUUUUACCAGAAUAAUUUAAAGCAUAUUGUAUUCAUUUUUAAAUUUUUCAAGGGCUAAAGAUGUAAUUAGUGAUCUGAAAUAACACCAGAGAAAAUUCCUUAUGAGAGCCCGAGAAAAUGAAUGUCAAAUUUCACAAAAUUACAUCUUACACCUGAAAUUUUCAGCCUUUUAACUAUGUUUUCACAGUUCUUGUAAACUUUGACAUUCAUUUUCUCGGACUACAAUGAGAAAUUUUCUUUGGUGCUAUUACAGAUAACUAAGUACAUCUUUCUCAUUUGAAAAAUGUAAAGAAGAAUGCAAUAUUCUUUAAAUUAUUCUGGUACAAGGGUUUUGUCCACUGAAAAUUAAAAUUACUCAAUUUCCUGGUGGAUUCCCUCUUAACCACUUGUUUGAAACGAGUUUUGUGCAAUAAAGUUGCUACCAUGCCUUCGUUUUCUAUGCAAAACUAAGACACCGCCACUUCAAAAACAAGAUUUUGCAAUACUAUAUUGUAGAAAUAGUGACUAAAAGCCCAACAAACACAAGUUAUGUUACUAUCCAAGAAUAACAUGAAAGAGACAGGUGCAGAUUGCAGACCCCUGAAAUGGAGAGUUAAUUCCGGGAGAAAAUAACCGACGCGUGCAAUAAGGCUCAGUUCAGACAAACAUGAAAUAAAGCAAGCUUAACUCACUCGUGAUGGAAAUGGCAUGAUCUGAGUGGUAAUAUUUUUAACGCCUCUACUGAUGCAUUUAUAUUUUUUUUUUCUCCUUUUAUUACGUCGAAAGUUCGCGAUUACUAUAUGUAAUAAAAACCCGGAGUUGCAGGUGCGGGCUGUACAUGGUGAUUGGUGGGACUGGGCACUAACUUAGUCUGAUUAAUUCAAUCACAGGCUCUCCGCUCAUUUCUUUUCGGAAAGUGCAUCCACUUAGUUCAUUAACUAGAUCUAGGUUGUCAACUUACAACCUUUGUAAUAUGAUCAUAUUUCAUUUGCAGAUAUGGCAAUAGUAAGGAACAUAUGAAUAUCAAUGAGCUACAACAAUUUUUAGAAACUGAGCAAAAGGUACGCUAUAAGCGAGUGUUAAUCGAGGCUUAAAGUUUGCCGGCUGGCGGUUAAAAAAAACAUUUAUUUUAUUAUUGACAAAUGAGUCUAAGCAUAUUUGCCUGAGAUUUCACUAGCUGUUUAAGUCAUUGCCAUAUUGAAGGUGUUAAUUUAAUUAGUGUCGUCUGCAUCGAGCAAGGUAAGUGCUUCACCAAUCAAUCAUUCCACCAAUCAUUGCUUGGAAGGACUCUGGAACUUGAGGGUCUUUAAGCUUUUCGCGAUCGAACUUAAUCCUUGUGGGGCAUCUUUUGGAUGCUUUGUGUUUGCCGAGUGUAUUCCCCAGCAAAAGCCUCUCUCGUUUGUCCUUUGGUUGCACUAGCGCCCACAUGUGCCUUUCCAGUUUUUUAAUGCAUCCUCCCCAACUUUAGCAUUCCAAUCGCCUAACACAACAAGGGUGCCAUUCUUAAGGGAAUGGUCCAAGAUUUCUUGAAGAUGUUCAUAGAAGUCCUCAACUGCAUCACCAUCAUAGUCCGAGGUAGGGGCGUAGGCCUGUAUAAUUGUGAUGUAAAUGGUCUUGUCCUCAGGCGGAUGGUGAUAAGGCUGCUUGAGAGUGGACGGCAGCUCAUGACAGUGUUCACGAUGCCGUUGUGAACAAGAAAUCCAACGCCCUGUUCGUGUUUGUCCUCCUUGCCACUGAAGUAUAAUUUGCGACCCCCCUGAGUAGAUAUAUUGCCAAAGUUUUUCCAUCGUACCUCGCAGAGACCUAAGAUGUUCCAGCGGUACCUGGUCGUCUCAUAUGCCUAUUCUUCCAAUUUGCAUGCUAUUCCCAAGGUUCCCAGGUUCCAGGUACCAAUAAUGAUAUUAUUUCUGGCAAGUACUUUGCUUGUUGUUACACCAGUCGCAUACUUCUCACCUCCGUCGUGGUGCGCAGCGGAGGGCGCGGUCCUUGUUGACCCGGGCGACGACCGAUCUAGGUUGUGAAAUCGUUGUCAUUUCAUGUGGCGUAUCUGGUUUGGGUUCGAAUUUUUCCUUCUUCUAGAUGGAUUUCGGGCCAAGGCUAAAUAGCGCCAAAUGCACGAACCCGAUAUACCGCAGAUGACUCGGUCCCUCAUGCGAACUUAUCUGUAGUCGGUGAGACUCUCUACAGUUACGCCCUCUGGGUGGACUUCCCAUGGUGACAGCCUCGGACCCGCCACAAGAGGAGUUUCUCACGUGUACCGGUGCAUUAGGCUUGACAAAAGGGAGCUUGGGAGGCUUACUCACCUGUCCAUAAAUAUGAACCGGAGGUUGGGACAAAUUUUGGCGGCGCAGAUACACUCUCUUUAAUGAGAUCACGUACGGAAAGAAUUUCAGAUGCAUCAUGGCAAAAUCGGUAAACAGUCUCGCUUGCAUAUAGUGACGAGCCUGUUUAUAUAGUGUCCCGUUCAUAUCUUUCUUUUAGUUUUAUGGAAACUGGUUUCAGCAAAUCCCAAGGGAUUUGCCAUCAUUGCCGGGACAGCACUUAUUUUAUCCAGUUCAUGCGGCCCCAGGGGAAAUGCACACGACUCCUGGAAAUAAAUAGGGGAUGCCCUUGGCAUCCUAAAAAAAAUAUUUAAUUAGUAUAGGCUUUUGUAUGAUCUGAGAAAAUAUGCAGAUAUUAUAGGAGGAUAGCGUCCAUCUGACAACACCCUCCUCGCGGUCCAGAUGAUUCUUUAGAUCAUACGAAAGCGAAUCCAAUGUAAUUUCUAAUUACUUCGGUUACCCUCGAGUUAGAUGGCUGACGUAACAGAGGAUCUCUGCUGCCAGAUCAUUCAAACAUAUGAACCAAUUGAGGAAAACAGAAGAGUAGGAAUCCUCGGCAUUGAUGGUAAUUCAAAAGCUUUAUACAAGUAAUAACUAUAUGUAAGAUUAAUAACACAAAAUUACUUAAAAGUUAGAAAUUAUAUACCGGUAUUAACUACUAAAGUUAAAUACCCUUUAUCUUCAACAUUUUAUCCUAAGUCUGAAAUGAGUAAAUUUCGUAGUACAAAUGCAUAGCCAAGCUGGCAAUAGUAGAAACCAAAUGCCGGAGUCAAUAUACGAAACAAACGUAGUUUUUAAAUAUGGGAAGGUCUGAGAAUCUGUAGGGCGAACACGAAGUUUUAUCAUAGUGAAUUUCAAGAAAUAUUAUUUAAAGAAAAUAUUUCUUUGACUGAAAUUCAAAAGAAAAGAUCACGUUUACAAGAGUUAUUAACAUCAACGGUUACACUGUAUUUAUACUAGGGUUCUCUAGCUACCUGCUGGGACCAGAAGGGGACAUCUGUAAUCCAGAGCACAAAAAAGUCAACCAAGACAUGACACGACCGCUAUCACAUUAUUUCAUUGCAUCGUCGCAUAACACGUAAGUGUUUACUCUUUAUUGAAUUUUUUUAUGCAUUCAUUUUUACUGUACUGCCUGAUCCUCUUUAUCAAUCUCUAAAAAUUGACAAUUAUUUGGUUUACGAAUGACGAACUUCUUUCUUUAGCCUGCAACAAAGUGUAUUUGAUUGAAAAUAACAAUCGCUUAGGAUAAGCGUCCCACUUUUUUCCAAGUUCCGCGAACAAAAAGAUUCGCGCACCCGUCUGCAUUGCAGGCUCUACCUAAAUGUAAUCGGGAAUUUAUACGUAAGAUUAUACUGACUAACCAAGUUUACUGAUCAUUCAUUAACCAGGUACACAGACCUGUUUAUGUCUCCUUUGGAAUUGGUGGAAAGGGGGGGGGGUGACUUUUCUAGGGCGAAAAAUCUCAUAAAGAAAGUGUAUAGGUUAUUUGGGCAGUUUCCCAUCACCACAUUUGCUCACAUUGCACGUAUUUAAGAAAAUGAUGUUUACUCAAACUUGUUAUCUUGCAGCUUCCUACUCGGUGAUCAAUUGACAUCAAAUUCCAGUAUGGAUAUGUAUGUACGAGUCUUACAGACCGGUUGCCGCUGCAUUGAGAGUGAGUAUUCCAGGCCCGUCCAUUAAACCUCAUACAAAAUGUUCUUCCCAGUAAUUCAUGUUCCUUCAUAACUUAAGGGUCGCCCAUUUUUAUAAGUAAUUGCUAAGUGUAAGUGCAGUGUUUGCGGUUCAGUUUCGGUGCCUGGAGUUCUUCAUUUUCCAGGCCUGGCCCCAUCAACGAGGUGUCUAUUUUCAACACUGCCUUAUUAUUUAAUUAUAAUCAAAAUGUUUAAAGUUACCAAUUAAUUAAUUAACCUUUAAUUAAUGCAACAUACUUUGUAUUGUUUUAGUUGACUGCUGGGAUGGCAAAGAUGGUGAGCCUGUGGUGUAUCACGGUUACACAUUGACAUCUAAAGUCAAGUUUCGUUAUGUCAUUCUCAAUAUAAACGACUUUGCCUUCUUAAAUAACAAGUAAGAACCUUGUUAUGGCUAUAUAUAUUGAAACUAUUAUAAAAACAAAUGCCCUUCAAUAAAGUUAUGUAAAAUAUACAUGUGUACAGAUUCGCUCUUUCCUAUCAUUGACAUUUCAAAGAGAAGUGUCUUUUUUGACAACAAUGUUUUAAAAUGAUUUGUAUUUGUAUUUAUAGAUACCCAGUCAUUAUUUCUUUAGAAAACCAUUGCAGCGUGGGUCAGCAGAUAGCCAUGGCCAAAUUGAUGAGGGAAAUAUUUAAAGAUAUCCUUUAAUUUUGUAAUUAAGUAUUAAUGAGCCAGUAUAAGUGCUCCGGAAUGGAGAAGAAACCAUUACCGAGGGGGGCGUAAGGGGGGUACGAAUACCGCAAUACCGCACGUGGUAGCGCGAGAAUACCGCAAUACCGCAUCAAAAUUUAGCCAAAUACCGAAACCGCAGUUACAAAUGGGAAAAAGUUGAUGUUGUCAAUACUACAAAUCCUCCUUUCAAAUAGAAAUAAUACUUUUAUGUCACUGUUUCCAAAUCAAGGUGCGUCGAUGUCAAGCGUACGAUAAACAUAAGAUCAUCGCACUCGUUUAGCUUUGUUUAUUACAUGUAUACGUUUACGUAAAUGAUACAACAGGAGUUUUCUAGUAUCACUUUAUAUAUUACUGACCUGGAUCAUAAACGGACGGAAAACAGUUGACUCUUAUGAGGUUGUUUCAGAUUCACAAUUAACUCGGUUCUGUGUUGAGGGUUUCAAAACGACGACCCGGGCUGCCUUUUGGAUUCGAAGGGCACACAGUACAGAAGUACACACUAGCCUGCGUAGCAUGGCGGUUUUGGUUAGGCGCGCUAAAUAAUAAGUCGAAAUAAGGCGGGCGCGGGCGAGGAGAUUGGGGCGGGAGCUGCUUCGCCGCUCACAGUGGUGCUGCCGACAAAACCAUGUAAAACUGCCAUGCCCGGGGUGGGGGGGGGGGGGGGGUACUUGGGUUAAUAUUUGGUUGGUAUGUGCCGCUGGCCUCUCAGAGCCCCUACCCCAUUACAGUCUAUUCUGUGGCCAAUUAUAGACCCCAUCUUAGUCAUUUGAACAAAUAUUUAAUUUUCGCGAUCCCAACUUCGUCACUUUCUAUUUUUAUGAAUUGACCUUGUUUUAGAUUGACUGAAGAACACUUUACUUUUCAUCUACAAUACAAACAUUCUGGUACCUUUGCUAACCGUAAAUAUGAAGAACUGUCUUACCCCCAAAAAAGCAGAAAAUGCGCGACCCCAUUCUAAAAACUCUCUGAAAAUGCGACCCCAUUAUAGUAACUCCAGUCGUGAAAAUGCGACCCCAUCCAGCGGCACAUCCUCAUUAGCCUCUUAUCAGGAAGUACCCCCCCACCACCGACCCCGGGCUGCUAUGCUACGUAGGGUAAGCAAACACGAAUACUAGUACAUUCUAUAUUCCUGCAUGCACAACGAGAAGGACAAGUAGUAAUUUUUAGACCACACCGUCUUUAUAGAUUAUCUUUCGACACUACGCAAUUUAUAACGAUCGCACUGACCUCACUAUUUGCUGGAAUAUCUGACUGAUCACUUAGUUGACCCUCUGGAUCGCUCUCUGUUGUUUGGCGACUGGCACGAAAGUGGUGGUAAGAUUGGUAUAAAGGAGGUUAACCAAGCUGACUAUUCCCACAAGGUCCAUGAAGUCACAAAUAAUGCGACAUGUUUACGUAUCAUUGGAUGAAAAAGUUAAUGUCGUUAAUCAUAUCAAGUAUUAACUGAAAUUAGAAGCCAUACGAUUUGUCUGCACUGUUUGCGCAAUACAAUCCCCGACUGUGCACACAGGUCACGCAGGCUAGCCAGGGAGACCUUUUAGGAUUUGUAUCCUCUUGUCAUGAAAAAGAAGCAGAUCACCGCGACACAACGAUUUUUUCACCGACUACCGCGGCGUAAAAUGUAAACUUACCGCAAACCGCUUGGACUCUGAAAACCGCAAUACCGUACUUUGAAAUAAAAAUUACCGCAACACCGCACCAAAAAUGACCCAAUACCGCAAUACCGCAAACCCUUACGCCCCCCUCAUUACCUAGUACUGUUACAUACCGUUGAUUAAUUAUCCGGGACGUCUUAAACAGCGAAAGAGCUUGUCAUUAAGACUACAACAAACUGAGAUGAAGGUGGGCGGAAGCAAGCGAGAAUUUACUAACUAAAGAAAAAUGAGAUCAGAAUAACCCAAUCUUCCCUUAAGUAUAUUCUCCAGUAAAAGAACCUACAAACGAUUUUCGAAUUAGUUAUAGUGCUACAUCCUCUUUCAAUGAUAAUUUUCCAUGUUUGCAAAAAAAUGCUCUGACUGUUUUCCAUAAUGAACGGUUGCGUUGAAUGAUUGAGUAAUUUUCAUUUAUUUUCAAAUAUUUCUAUUUUUUAUUUACGCAUAAGUUAAUACUUAGAUUAUGUAUUUCUGUUAGUAGUGAUAGCAACUUCAUUGCUCUUCGUGCGCGAUUUUAAUAAUGGUCCUUGACAUUAGCCAGACAAGUUGAUAUACGAAACGAGUUUAGACGGAGAAGAAUUGCCCUCACCGGAAAGCUUGAUGGGAAAAGUAUUAAUAAAGGUGCGUGAUUUGUAGUAAAACGUACAGCAAUUUCUUUUCUUUCUUUUUUGUUUUGUUUUGUUUUUUUUUUUUUGUUUUUGUUUGUUGUUUUUUUUUCAAUAAAUAAUAAAAAGUAAAUCAGCCAACAGCAACAACGAAAAAAAUGUGAAUCGUACGCGUAUGGACGGCGAAAGAGAAAAACAAAAACCGUUUGCUCCCCUUUCUAUAUACGCAUCAAUCUAAAGAAACAUAUUUCUACUAGGGUAAGAAGUUACCAAUGACAUUUGAGGAGGACUUGGAUGAGGGUGACGUCACUGAGGAAGAUUCUGCAGAUGAAAUGGAAGAUUGUUUUAAAUUCAAAAACAGUGAGGUAAGAGAAUCUAUUCAGAUUUUAUUGUUUUAGAGAUCGUGAGAAAAAUCAAGGGCGUUUGGAGGUGUUAAAAUGUUAACCCUCGGACGUAGAAGCAAAUUCAUACCCCCAUCGUGGUACAAGGGGGGAGGGGUGGAUGGAACUCCUCCCUGGAGUUUUUGAUAUGCUGCAGUAUUUUUGAAACGAUUUUACCUUUAGUGGAAAGCCUUUGAUCUUCUUAACAAGAUGAGCUAUGUUUUAUGGGUGGUGGCACUGCGGGAAGCCUGUGACGUCACCAACAAUGGUCGCCAUCUUAGCCGCCAUCUGUGAUUUUACAAAGAACUGGAAAUCAGGUUAAAACCGCGAGAAAUGGUAAUUUGAAGGCGUCGACGUGCCCAUGUAGAUUUGUCAUAUCACCAUUAAAUACGGCGGUGAAUCAGAAGGCACUACCCUGAUUAUUACCUUAUCCAAAAGUACAUACAUAAGAAAAUAUCGGCGAACCUACCUCGUGGGUUAACACGUACAGUGUAUGUUAUUUUAGAAUACAGUUGACCAAAAAGCAAAGGAACGCAGAUGGCGCCGGACUUUGGCAUCGUUGCAGCGCCUUCGGUUAAACAAAGACGAGGAAGAAAGCGAUGCUCGCGGAGACCUGAGUUCAGCAAUUGUGACAUCUGCGGCAAUGGAGCAAUCAGAAGCAGCAGAAGGUUCUGUUGGUCCAAAGGCUGCUCCGCGGGUGAGUGAUACCAGGCAAAAGUUGCAAGCUGCAGGUGAAAAUUAUUCCAAAAAUAAUGUUUAUUUAGGUGCCACGAUCUCUAUGCUGUUAGAUAUAUUGAUAGUCGUACAAGUCGAAACACUGAUAGUAAUUUUAUGUAAAGCAUAGGAAAAUAAAUAUUGGGUAAUGAUGAUAAUGAUGUGGAUGGCUUUGUCAUUCUAUAUUCCUUGCUGGCUAUUAUUCCGUCUCACUCUUAAAUUCCCAUGUUUCGUUUUUUUUCUUUUUUUGCUUUUAUGGACAUUGAUCAACAAUGUUUAUCUUGUUUAGCUACAGAGAUCACUCUCAGCAAAGCACUCGAGUCGACAGGGUACAGAAUUAGAAAGUUCGCGAAAGGUGAAAAGUUUCGACGAUGCAGACAAGGUAGGAAAUCUGUGGCCUCUUUUUAGCUGUUUAUUUGUUUGUUUUUAUUCUCCUUAGAAUUAUUUUCUCUUUAAAUCCUGAGUGGAAAGUAUUACGUCACGGCAAUAAUUACAGUUAGGUGCCCUUGGAACGUUUAAAUAUCUAGAUAGCUAUUUCAAAUUGAGUCAAUGGGCUGUGUGUAUACAAAUUAAUUUCAGUAAUACUUUGAGGCACAUAAAUUUAAUACAUGCAAUUUAAAUUCAUAUAUAAAUAAUAUUUCGUUUCUGAAUUGCAUCCAAUUAUAUAAAACAGCAUAUCACGAAGCGAAGUACAAAGAAAACAACCUUGAAUAACGAGGUUAGUAACAUUCACAUGAUGGAUAAAAUAGAAUAACAGAGAUCUUCAUAAACAAUUAAUCAUGCGCCCCCAUAAAAAGCUUUAUAGAUUUGGGUAAAACGUGAUCCCGCAUGACGAUGCUUUUGUUUAUUUAUCUUUUUUCAUUUUCCAGUUUCUGGACUUUCUAUAUUGAAUGGUUAGCAUAUUUAGUUUAUGUUGUGACAGUAACAGUGAAUAUAUUUAGCGGAGGACAUGAUACUAAUAUCAGCACAGGAAUCCAUGAAUCCAUGAAAAUCGCUUUAUUGAUGGUAGUGAUUAUCAGUUGCCUCGAAAACUUUAGUUGGAAAUUUUGUCAAUUGAAAUCACUUUAGUUUUACGUAUCCUCUUCUGUUAACUUGCCAGAACUACCACAAGAGCGUUUUCACUCACGUGGUGGGCAGCUAUGCAAAUUUAUUUGAACAAAAUUUUGCUUUUUCGUAAGAGAAAGGUUCAACCUCCAGCAGAGGAUUAGUUAGAACACCAUCAUGGCUGCCGUUUAAUUACUUUGGUUCAUCAAUAUGGCGAAUGUGACAUCAUGUAAAAGCCCUCUAAAGCUACAGUGUGUAUAUUUGGUAGUGACUCUGAUAAUAUGAUUUAUACUCGUUUUAGCAAAUUGCAAGAAGAACCAUUAAGCUCAGCAGACAACUUUCUGAUCUUGUUGCCUAUACGAGGUCAUGUGCUUUCAAGGGACUUGAUCUUAAUGAAUACGGUAUGCUGUACUUAUAUAGGACAAUUAUUUCUAUGUGAGUAAUUUUUUAUAGAUUGAAACGCAAAAUUAGCUUAGACUAGCCCUCCUGUAAUGGAUAAAUUACAGAAGCGCCAAACAGGGAAUUCUCAGACGAUGGAAAACGCUUUAGCGUUUCUUGUCCGUUGCAGAAACCAAUGUUUGUGGUGUGGGCAUUGGUCAGCACUUUCUCAGUCGUUUGAAUUACGUCAUUUGGUGAUUUCACGCGUCCACAACACCAAUAGAUUACAUUAAUAUAUUUUGCGCAAAAUCCAAUUCGCAAUGUAUUGCAUCUGGUAACAGGCAAUGAUUUCUAUUUUUACAGAAACAAUCUGGGAAGUUAUUUCUGUACCUGAAUCUAAGGCAUACAGAUAUACUGACACCAAGGGUGAAGAAUUUGUGAGAUACACGAUGUGUAAGCUUUGUCGAAUAUACCCAGCGGGGUACCGAAUCGACUCAAGCAACCCAAACCCAGUGACGUUUUGGAACUGUGGCUGUCAACUUGGUAAGAGCUCGGAUUAGAUAGUCUCCCUCGCAGCCGUUUUUGUCUCGUCACGCAACGUUCCACCCCAACAAAUGGCUGCUCACAUUCGAAACAAUUAUUUCUUUUCCGAUUUGAGCUAAUCAGAGCUAUCUUUCUUCUUUUUUUUUUUUUUCUGGAACCGUUUCGCGCCAAAUUAUCCUUUCACAUGCCGUCCAAGCAAAGCCUGCAUUCUAUUGAAUAAUGCCGGUGGUGCCAAAUUGCCUCCUAGAAAGCCUUUAAUUGAAUAAAAGAGACUUCAAAUUGUCCCGAUUUAACUACCUAUCGAGAGUGAGAAUUGAUUUUGACGUCCACUUAAGGUGGUAUUUGUGUUUUCUUAUUUGUAUACUAAUUCCAAUGACUUUUUUAAAAAAUGCGUAUGCUUUAUUGCAGGCUCCUCUUUUUGCCCGCAAUCCUAAUCUCCAGGUUGUUAUUACGUAAGCGUCGCAUGUAUAUAGCCAGCAUUCGUUUGUACUUCAACUAAGAAUGUAUGGAAAGCACAGAACGCACUUAGAUCACUUCUAUGACUCGUAAUCUAAUCACGCGUGUUUUGCCGUUUCUCAAGACGAAGUGUUUUGUUAAAUUUUUAGACUUUCACUUCCACAGCAACAAAAGAAUAACCGGAGCGAACCAAAACAGUCGACUCAGUACUUAUAACAGCACAAAUUUAAUUCUCAAAACCAUUGAAUGAAUGAUUUACAAAAGUACUUUCCUUAUGUUAUCUGCAUCAUUUUACUCCACUAGCUGCUGUUUUUCGUCUGGGAACUUCUGGGAUAACUUUAAAUGUCGUUGCUUUUUAGCUUGAGGCUUCGUAUUUGUGUUGUUGAAUUCAUACGCGAAAAAGAAAACUGACAGGACCUCGCAGUGUUUUCUCCGCCUUCUGUCACGCCACUUUCCACCAUGCUUUGAUCACGUGCUGUAAUAUAGCCCGAGCGGGGUACAUUGCUUAAUGUAUCACGAUCGGGAUACAUUUGAUUUAAGUCAAGGCCACGUGACCAAGAAUCAACCAAUGGCAGUCCCUGUUUAGUUGAGUGAAAGUCUAGGAAUAUAACGCUAUGUGAUAUUAUGAUAUUUGCGGUGUUUUAGCCAAAGCUCUUUGAUUCACCCAGCUGGUUUCCUUCGUUCCAGUGGCGCUAAAUUACCAAACGGAUGGACGAAUGAUGCAAAUAUACAAAGGAAGGUUCAAAUCAAAUGGAAACUGCGGUUAUGUUUUAAAGCCGGGUGUAAUGUGUGAAGGUGAAUUAUAGACUGUGUAUUAAAGCUUUUAAAUAAAAAGGCCAUUUCUGAGUCGCCCCAAGCCUCUAUUUCAAAAAAGGCUAAGUUCGAAAACAUUGAUAUGAAAAUGAUUUGUUUAUUCAUUCUAAAGUUAAAGUUUGAGUUUUUCGAACUUGGGAAUGGCCUAUUAAAGCAGAUUAAACUAAUGUUGUUGUAAAGUUAAGAACACUUUUUGUGUGAAAUGUCUUCUUUUCUCUUCUUUAAGGCUCGGCAGCCAACGCAGGUAGAAAUAAUCGAACCUUACGUUUCUUCUGCCAGUCACAAGAAACUGCUAGCACAAUAUUCAUGAUAACAAUUAAAAGGACACAUUGAACAGACAAGCAUAAUAAAAAAUAAUUUACUUAAAUACUUAUUUUUUUAAUUAACUUGUUUAUUUACUUAUUUAUUUCAUUAGUGUAUGUUAAUUUAGUUAAUUGUAUAUAUAUAUUUUUUCUAUCUUGAGCAAAGAAGAAGCGCUAAACCUAAUCCCAAGAUACUUACCAACAGAAGAUCUUUUUUUCCUUUUCCAUUUAAAAGAACUCUCGAAAAGAACGUGCGACUGUAAUGUAUAUAAUUACCCAAAGGUGGCACGCGCUUACUAAAUUCACUUAAUCGUGCAUAUAGCACUCGGUGCAAGAUUGAGAAGAAGAAGUACCAUGUUAACUUUCUACUUGAAGUUGUCAAAUUAAUCGUCAUGUUACUUUUCUGCAAAAAUUCAUUUUUAAGUUUUUGUUAAUAAUUCAUGAAGAAAAAAAACAAUAGAAAUUCAUGUUUAAUAAGUGUCUUUAUAUAUGAUAAAGACACGGCUAAACUUUACGUCCAAAUCUAAAUGUAAGUGCAGGAACCAAUUGAUCUACGCCCAUCUACAUCAGACAUCUUGAGGCCGUUCAAAAAAAACUGGCAGUCAUGUAUUAUCAGUUGUAAAAACUCUGGGCUUUACCUCGAGUUUUUAAACUUGAUAAUACACUCCUGCUCGAUGGUUUUUUAAAUCAGUACAUAAAAAGCCAACCUGUUAUCUUUAUUGUUUGUUUAUUUAUUGAUGAAUUGACUAAUAGACUAUAUGACUGAUUGAUUGAUUGAUUUUUUUCUUCUACUGAAUGCAAUUUUGUCUUGUCAUCUUUUUGUUUUUGCGAAUUGGUGAAUUAUCAUUUCCAUUAUCAUUAUCAUUAUUAUUUAUUUUCUUCUAUUAAAAUGUUUAAUAUCUUGCUCUUACUUAGGAGAAUCAAUCUUCGAUCCGAUGACAAGAAAGGAGAUCAGAGGAAUUCAAAGGAAGCUUUGCAAAAUAAAGGUUAUAGUCCAGACAAAGCUUACGUCGGUCUUCAUUUACAUCUGACAUCUUUUUCUAAGGAUUUUCCUAGACAGAAUCUUUUCUCUAAUGUUUAUUCUAUUUCUCAGGCAAAUUAACGCCUAGUUACCUAAACAGUGCUCACGCAUGCAUUGAUUGUCUCACCUAGACCGAACUGAAGGGGUCUGGUUGGCCAAUCCCAAAGUGUUCAUAAGGAGAAAAGUUAUCUCGGCUAGAAAGGUGGCCCUACCAUCACAAAAGGGAGAUCGGGCUAGGCAGGUUCCCUUUCUACCUGAGCCAACUUUAAACGGUUCGCCAAACAUUUUCUUCAUAUCAACAGGGCCUAAGGCAAACCUUUCUCGCAGUUAUAACAACAACAAUCAAUAAAUCUUUUUUAGCACCCCGGAAAAAAAUGAGAAGUAAAUGACAUGUUUACAACUAGCAAGAUAGAGAGCAAAGUCACAUAUAAAUAGCAAAUGUUAGUAGCGCCAAGUUGCUGGUUAUGGGGCGAAAAAUAUUUACAUAUGCAUUAACUAAAGAAAUACACACGUACACAGAUAAAGAAAAAACAAAAAAAAGCUAAGCAAGGGCUGAGUACAUAAUCGGCUGUAAAUAAAGUACAUCAAAGAAACAAUUAAUAAUUAGAGAUAAUAGAUUCUCUUAAGAGCUUUUGACACAAGAACGACUCUUUGAUUUCUUCAGGUCGGGAACAGAUUUUUAAAGUUUUAGCACUGCUGAAACGGUUUUCCCAUAGUUGGUCCUAGCGUUAGGUAAAAUAGUAAGACUUCUUAGAGGCCAGUUCGGUUUCAUAUUGAUGAACUUUUUUAAUGGUAUUAAAAAAGUUAUUAAAACUGAUGCUAUGCAAAUCAUUUGAGUAAAAGUCGUACAGCUCAACAGCUUUCACGGUCUUCUCGAGUCAACCUCGUUCCCAGCGUUCUCUCUUACCAGUCGAGAACCUGGGAACGAGGUUGUUCUUGAGUUUGUCCACUCGUCUCAACAGUUAACUACACUCAGCGCCAUUGAAGUUCAACGAGCUCUAAAUUGGGUUCAGUUUUCGAUGGAAAUAACUUAUCAAGCUCCUCAAGUGUAACGUACACAGCCAUUAUAUCAAAAUAUUACAAAACAACGAAGAAGACAAACUAUGACAGAAAAGGCGAAAAAAAUCAUGGAAUUUGGACAGACAGCUUAAAAGGCGUCCAUCUUGCUUGCCGACUGCUGACCAGGACUGUUAAUAGGGAACCAUUUUUAAGAAAAAAAAAUCGAUUCUGAAUACCGCAGAAUAUGCAACGGGUUUCUAGCUUUCUGAUUGGCUGUAUUCCCUAUGGCAUGGAGUACUAUAUGUUUGCCUAAAUCUGAAUUUUAUGUAGAUCUCAGAUGUCAGCUUUUAAGCUACCCAUAACAAGUUUAAUCUUUGCAAAGUAUUACAACUUUGCUUAAAGUAGCAGUAACUAAAUAAGAAAUAAAUACAACGAAAAAAGGGGUAGGGGCAACGCACCAUUCAUGCUUUUACUACGUUUGGGGAGUUACAUGAAUUGGCUCAGUGCGUUCGAGGAUUCUGUCAACUUCACCUUUAUUUCUCUCAGGUCAUAAGUGGUCAACAGUUACCGAAGCCGAAAGAUAGCAUAUUGGGAGACCGCGGAGAGGUAAUUAUUAAUCAAAUGCAAAUCACGCUCAAAUUAAAAUGAUUACAUAUAUAUUUGACUUUGUGUUACUCCUUACCUUACAUAUUAUGGUUUAUCGUUGUCAAGAUAAUGACCCUUGCAAAAUGUGUGAAAUAGAAUUGUUUUAGCUGUUGUUGGUGGUAGUGGUGGUAGUGGUGGUAGUGGUGAUGGUGCUGGUGGUUAACGUUUUUUGAAUAAUUAUGAAAGUGUUUAUAUCGUAACUAUUUUCUUAAAUAGAAUUCAGCACAGCUCAUAUCAGCGUCAGUCAUUGGUUAUUCUUAGUUCAAUGAAGUGGUUAUUUAGUAAUAAAAACAAUUAUGAAAGGAGCUGACAUUAGGCCCCAAAUUAAAAUGAAAUAUACGAUUUUUCGUCGCCUCUUAUUGCAGAUUAUUGAUCCAUACGUGGAAGUAGAGUUGAUAGGGAUCCCUGCUGACAGUUGCAAACACCGCACUAAAACAGUCAUGGACAAUGGUAUGCAGUAGUUAAAGAUUUUCGAUACAUACUGAAUCAGCUGAUAAAAUUAAAAAAGCGAUUAAUUGCCUCAUGUUCAUCGGAAUUGUUCAUGACAGGAGCCAGUUUACCCAAAGCGAAGAACUUAACUUAAUGCCUUCAUUAUUGUCAAAACGUUUUCGCACUUCAGGUUUUGUUUAGACAAAUUGUAUGAUUUAGGAACAUUUUUUCACGAUAAAGGGCACUUUUCUUUGAUGCGGUGAGUUCCAUGUGAUGGUCUACCUUUGCGGCAAGUGCGUGGAAAACUAACUGAAAAAUGAGAAAAAUGGUUCCUGCCCCAUGCAACUUUUUAAAAGACGCCAAACAUUUCAUGAAUAGAAGAAUCAAACUAUGGGGAUAGAGCACUUGCAGUUCAUGAAAAGUAAAACGUUUAAAUCCAUCUCCUAAGAUGAUGAUCAGUCUGAUUGGUUCGACACUUCAUUAGUUCAACUUCUGUCAGGACAGACGAACUUAACUUAAUUUAGAUUUACCCAAAUUACAAUUUAAUUCGUUUGCCUCAUGAAAAGUUCGACAUUUGGCCUUGGCCUACCUGUAAGUAAUGUUUGCGUACUUUGCAGGAUUUAAUCCAGUUUGGGAGGACACCAUCAGCUUUAUUUUGACUUUUCCGGAACUGGCAAUUGUUCGGUUUGUGGUUUGGGACGAGGAUCCUAUAGGAAGAGACUUUAUUGGUCAAGUUACUUAUCCUUUUUCAAGUCUGAUGCCAGGUAAAAUGUGCAAAUUAAUCCUAAUAAUACUAUCAUCAUCUUUAACAAGUGACUUGUUUGAACAUUAAUAUCUUAGCUCAACCAGACGAUCACUUAUCUGAUUUCACUAAGAGGUUAAAAAGAAGGUGGGAGCCACUGUUGAGGCCUCAAAUGUAAUAAAGGACCCUAAAUGUAAUAACUUUUGGCCCUAAAUGUAAUAAAGGUCCUAAAUGUAAUAACUUUUGGCCCUAAAUGUAAUAAAGGGUCUCAUAAUAUUAUAUGUGUAACAGGUUUUAGCCCUAAAUGUAAUGGAAGUCUUAACAGUAUACUGCGUGUAUGUAGUAUAACAGCCCCAAACUUGAUAAAGUCCCUGACUGAAACAUGCCACGGUCUGAUGCGAUAUUAAUUUUAUACCCAGCUGGCGAUUCACUUUCUUCGCCCUAUUGUAGUCUUCAUAGAUAUUCAUAAACUUAGAGAGCGGCUAGAGCGCUCAAGAAGUAGGAGAAACACUUAUAAAUUAACUACGUCUCGAUCGUGUUUCCCUACUACAUCCCUGCAUUGUAAAACGCGAGUUAUAAACAAAUGGAAUCUACACAAAAGUUUUCAAAAUACAGUAGUAAUUUAGUAAUUGAAGGAAUUAUUAAUGUUCAUUAGAACAAUCGUAAUAAAUUAUCUGCUUAAUGUUGCGCCAAAAUAAGAAAUGGUUUAUUUAUUUAUUUAUUUUUUAUCAUUUUCCAAAAAGAGUAUGUCGGUCGGUCCAUACAGAAUGCUGUGAACACGAAGUUAUAUAUAAACAGCAAGAUAUUAAGGGCAGUAUAUCUUGAUAUAGUUUUUCUGACUUCCUGACUUUGAUUUUAAUUUCUACCACGAGUACUUCUUGAAGUGAACUUUUAUGCUAACUUUUUUUUUCCCGGAUUUCACCACACGAAUCAGUAAUAAUAAGUUGUUACUCAAAUAGCUAUAUAGGGGAUCUGCCUGGGGUAUUUAGUGUUUGAUAUUCCCUAGAUACAUUCUUGCGCUCAAUUAACCUGUAAUAAGGCUGAAAGCAAACACAGUGAAAUCUUCUUAUGACCCUAAGCAUAAUAAGAGCUGAAAGAAUUACACUUAGGACCUUUAUUACAUUUAGGGCCAAAAGUUGUUACAUUUAGGACCUUUAUUACAUUUAGGGCCAAAAGUUAUUACAUUUAGGACCUUUAUUACACUUAGGGCCAAAAGAUAUUACAUUUAGGACCUUUAUUACAUUUAGGGUCAUUAAUUACAUUUGAGGCCUCAACAACACUUUCAUGCGCAUGUUUGUAUAACAGACCCUUGGUCUCAUACUUUAGUGUUGCAUCAUGAUUCCAUAAAAACGAUCCAAAGAGCGCGUUGAUGUCCAAUGAUUACUCUCUGUUAGUUGUUUAUUAGUUAUUUUUUUUCCAUUUAUUUAUCAAAAGGUUAUAGGCAUGUUCAUUUGGAAGGGGAUCAGCAGGCUUCCAUCUUUGUUCACGUGACAAUUUCAGAUUACAGUUAUAAACAGGUAUCACUAACUCGAAUAAAAAUACCAAGAUGACCAUUCAAAACAAUAUAAUGAACCAAGACAGUCUUAGGCCAAACGAACCAAACUAUAAUUACUUGGGUCGACCUAAAUUAAGUUAAUAUCGUCUGUUGGGUCAGACUCGGAACAUAGGACGCGUCAAACCAAACUCAGGUCAGUAAUAAUUUUUCCCCAACGAGAUGAAAUAUACAUUAUGAUACAAACUAUUACUUCAUUAGUUUUCUUUGUGGCAUGUGAAGAUCGACGUUUGUCCUGGAGACGAUCUUCAGACAUUUUAUCCGCCUGAAGCAGACGGGUUGAACAUGUUAAGCAAUCCAAACUCUUUCGGACGAAUUUUACUGCAUGAGCCCGACGUCGAGCCUUUCAUGAACCUCACUCACUAAGGUUGGUUCGUUCAAGAAAAAUUCGACGUUUGGCCUUGGUCUUACCUUCCCGAUUUCUAUUGGAUAACUAGUAUGUUUAUAGCACUAGAGGAAUAUUCUCAAGGGUCUUCGAAAUGAACACAGUUACCAUGUAGUUAGAUUUCCAGUCAUUUCUCAGCUUUCAGUUAACCCUCGGACGUACAAGGGGGAGUACCCCCCACAUGAGAAAACAUCAGCACCUGACGUUUCUUUUGUUUUGAGACAAGUUUGGUGCGGUCAGUUACUAUAAGUUCGAGUUAUAACGUCAUAAGUAGCAGGUGGUCAAGACAUUUUUGAGUAAAAAUGUAUGUUUUUUCAUAUUUUUCAAAGAUAAAAGCAGAACUUGUGAAAAAUGAUGCAAAGUACUUAUUUAUGUGUUAUUUUACAUUUCAAGCACAGAAAAUUACCAGUUCUCGCGAUUUCUACCUGAUGUUUUUAGUCUUGGUAAAAUCCAAGAUGACGACCAAAUUUGGUGACGUCACAGGCCUUUAGCGGCGCCACAUAAUAUAUACCUCAUCUUGUUGAGAGGAUCAAAAGCUUUGCACUGAAGGUACCACGGCGGCGGCGGGGGGUAUGAAUUUGCGUGUACGUGCGUCCGAGGUUUAAUCCGUUGAAUAAAAUGAAAUCUCCAUCUCUCGGAUGACAGUUCAAAUCAUUAAGUAAGGAUCAAUUUAACAAAACGUUUACAAGUGUAUUUUACAAAAAUAACCACUGUUUUAGUGCAUGAAAACCAUAGCUACACUAAAUUGGCCCUAGCUAUGUUUGAAAUCUAACCCAGAGCCUCUAAUAAAUCAUUUCUCGUAAUAAGAAUACAAAAAAGAAAGGGCAUGAAGGAACAAACUGAUAAAUUUGAUGAUAUAUAAUUAGUGUUAAUUUUUCUUCAUUUGUAGAUUCAAGAGAGUCUUGAGGUGUCUAAUCCCGGACGAAGAUAUUCAGGAGGGGUUAAAUUUAAGAAACGAAUCAAGAGAAGGGAUUCUUCUUUUAUUUAG